AUGACCUCGAUACUAACAAAGCUCGCGAUCUGGCUCUGGGGACCAGAUAGCAAGGAUCGCGCUCUGCUAGCAAAACUCGAUGUCACCCUACUUCCUUACUUCUCUUUGAUAUGGUUUCUAUUCGGCGUCACCAGGGCCAGCUAUUCUUCAGCCUAUAUCAGCGGCAUGAAAGAGGCACUCGGUUUCCAGGGAAAGGAAUAUAAUUACAUGAGCACCGCGUAUUUGGUGGUCUAUGCCGUUUGCCAAAUGCCAGGAACCAGUCUUUUGACUAUCGUGCGGCCGAAAUACGUGUUUGUAACAGCUAACUUGACCUGGGCGGUCUUAACGUUGAUCACCUACAAGAUGACCAAAGCCUGGCAAGUUAUCCUGUUAAACGCGAUCGAAGGAGGAUUCUCUGCGAUCGCAUACGUGGGUGCGCAUUUCAUUCUCGGUUCCUGGUAUAAGAGAUCUGAGCUCGGUAUAAGGGCUGCAGUAUUCUGCGUCUUCGGACAUAUAGGGACAAUGGCUGGUGGCUGGAUCCAAGCCGGAUUGCUAGCAUCAUUGGCAGACAAGGGUGGUCUUCCUGCCUGGAAAUGGAUAUUCAUUAUUGUUUCUGUGAUGACUAUACCCGUUGCAUUAUUCGGUACGCUCUCAACCCCGUUCAUCCAAAGAUGGAAGUACUCAAACAAUGUGAUGGCAUACUGGAUGGCUUCACGGGGAUACACCACUAUCCAGCAGAACAAUUAUCCUACCGGAAUCUAUGCAAGUGCUAUUGUUGGUACAAUCUUCUAUGCAAUAAUAUCGGACAAAUUGCAAUCUCGCUGGGAGGUCUCCAUUGCGAUUGGGUUGACCUUCAUCAUCGGGUCGGCGAUUCUCGUGUCUAGUCCUUCGACAGAUGCCGGAUACUUCGUGGCAUUCUAUCUGCUCGGGACCACUUUCGCGCCUCAAGCGGUUUGGUAUUCUUGGAUGGCUGAUGUCACGAGCUCGGAUGUACAAUUACGAGCUAUAACCACCGGCUUCAUGAACUCGUUCGACUUCGCUUUUGUAACUUGGUGGCCGCUAGUAUUUUACGCUGCUACUGAUGCCCCUAAUUUUCACAGAGGUUAUAUUGCAAGCCUGGUGACGGGGGCAUUAACCCUCCCGUUUAUUGGCUUGAUUGCCUAUCUCGAGAAAAGAGAUCGAGCACGAGGUGUGAUUGGAAGAGUUGCGUUCGAGAGCCCGGCCAGUGACGACGAACGUGAUGGGCGCGAGGACGAUUCAAGCAAACUUGUGGACACACCAAUUAAUGUACGGUCGGCCGAGGUUAGUGUGUAG